ACUGGUCCAGAGCAACUCGCAGGCGCUGAGCGAGCUGAUCCAGUUGGGACUCACCAUUAUUGGCCCCGGGACAGUGGUGGAGCCCAAUAAGGAGAACGAGCUGGUUGGCAUCAUCGCAGGGCUGGCUGGGGGCCUGGUGCUGCUGCUCCUCGUCAUGACGCUGGCCUUGCUGGCCACCAGCCGGAGCUACAGGAGGAAGCUGAAGGCCAUGAAAGCGCUGAAGGUGGCGUCCACGCUGACAGCCAACGUGGCACAGCAGGGGCCAACCAUCCCCGGGACAAACAAAUACAAUGCUGAGGGGUGA